CGGUGCAACCUGCUAGACAUGCGGAAUUUUCCUUCACAGGCAGCGCAUGCUCGCUGCUGGCAACAGGCGAGAAUGCCGCCUCAGUCCGCACAGUUUUUACUGCCGUAUGAAAGGCCAACCGUAUAAAACCAUUCGUCUUCAUUGCGUGCAAAACCCCAGUGAAACGCGGACAUGAAUGCCGUAAUCCUUCUUCUCUUCGUCAUCUGGACCGUGCUGUUCACGACGCGCAACAUCACACGUCGGAAGGACUCCUUGACGGAAGAAGAAAGGCGGCGAUUGGACGAACCGCUUUUCCUGACACCGUUUUUGGAUGCAAACGACACCGAAAAGGCACGGCAUCUCAGCAGAAUCACUCUCUUUGAAGAAGGUUACGGCGUUGAAGCGCACUCGGGCUACAUCACAAUUGACAAGACUCUAGGCAGCCACCUUUUCUUCCUACUUACAAAAACAAAGCAUUCCUUUCCCGACGAGGCCCCUCUGAUUCUCUGGACGUUCGGCGGUCCCGGUGUGUCCUCACUGCUCGGACCGUUGCUCUUCAACGGUCCCUUUACUUUAGAUGCGCAAGGACGACUCGUGGCGGCAUCUCCGGCAAGCGGUCAGCUGCAGUCGUUCGCGCACGUCCUCUACCUGGACCAUCCGGUCGGCAGUGGCUACAGCUUCGCCGAGCAAGAGGGUGACGACAGGACGUUCGCCAAGAGCAUCGACGACGCCGUCGACGCGGUCGACGACUUUCUGUGCCAGUUCGAGCUCCUCUUCCCCGAAUUUCGGGGCCGGCAGUUUUACUUCGCCGGAGAAUCGUACUCGGCGAGAGACGCCUUCGGCUUCGCCAACCGGUACCACGGUAAGGGGGUCAAGACGAGCCUGAAGUUGGCCGGCAUCAUGAGCGGUGCCGGUUUCAUCGCGCCGCUGCUGAGGGCCGCCAACCCCGCGAAAUUCCUGCUCCAGCUCGGGCUCAUCGACGUCCACGGGAGGCGGCUGUUGGACGAGAAGUUUAGGCAAAUGAAGGAAUCGGUGGACGACGAAGAGAUCAUCGUGGCUCUCUUACUGCUCAGGGAGGUGUUCACCAAGACAGAAGAGGACGGACCUUCGCUGUUCGAGUCGCUCACGGGGUUCCGCCACCGAGCAUCGGCGCUUCACUCCACGGAGCCACCAGAAUUCGCGACUUACCGGAAGUACGUCACGAGCGAAGACUUCAAGAGGGCCAUUCACGUGGGCGUCAACGCCACUAUGGACCGGCAGCGCAACAUUGUGAGCACCACCCUCUACUCGUACGACGCCUUCAAGGACGUCAGGGAGCUCAUGGCGACAGUGCUGGACAAGCAGCGAGUGCUUGUGUACGGCGGGAACAUGGACGUCGUCUAUCCGGCGGAUGACGUCUACGGGUUCCUGCGGUCUCUCCAAUGGAAAGGCGAAGAGGAUUUGAGGGUAGCGAGGAGAAGGCCGUACAGGAACGCAUCAGCCGCAGGAGGGAGGUGUUCACCAAGACAGGGGAGCGUGGACCUUCGCUGUUCGAGUCCCUCACGGGGUUCCGCCACCGAGCGUCGGCGCUUCGCUCCACGGAGCCACCGGAAUUCGCGACUUACCGGAAGCACGUCACCAGAGAUGACUUCAAGAGGGCCGUUCACGUGGGCGUCAACGCCACUAUGGACCGGCAGCGCAACAUUGUGAGCACCACCCUCUACUAGUACGACGCCUUCAAGGACGUCCGGGAGCUCGUGGCGACGGUGCUGGACAAGCGGCGACUGCUCGUGUACGGCGGGAACAUGGACGUCGUCUAUCCGGCGGAUAACGUCUACGGCUUCCUGCGGUCUUUCCAAUACAAAGGCUAAGAGGAUUUGAGGAUAGCCAGGAGAAGGGCGUACAGGAACGGAUCAGACGCAGGAGGUGAAGUGGUGGGCUACAAAAUGAUUGUCCGCAACUUCACGUAGGCAUUGCUCUUGAAUGCCGGUCACUACGUGUCGCUGGACAGUCGCAGAGCAGUCGUUGAUCUCUACAGAGAUUUUGUGCGCUCCAACACCACUUCUACUUAGCGAACCGUUUCGUUUCCUCGUCCUAAUGUGCAUACAACAUUUUACAAAUGCUCGACGAGGUUCUGAUGCGUCUCGUACCUCCGUGUGGCUUUGACAGCCCGCAGAAAAACAAUAAACGCUCCCUACAUAUCCUACCUGCAAUAAAAAAACACACUUUGAAGCGCAUCAUUCCUUUAAUAAAACGAAUAGCUUGCGGAAAACCUUCGGCUGUUAGCUUACAUUGAUAAUCAUUGUCACUUUAAUGCUUGUUUCGGAACUUAAGCUGUCGCAGCAGCCACUAGUGUUUUGCUCAUUACUGUGGCUCUUACUGGCAUUGUCGGUGCUAUCGUAGCAUUUGUUGCUUUCGUGGUUACAACUGCUCUUGCACCAGUACAUGGUUCCCGCCACCGCUAUGAGAUAAGAGGAGAAGGAGCAUGCUUUGUUGUGCUAGACUUUUACGGUUGUUGGCAUUCUACACAGCAAUCCUUUUAACACCUAAUAAUAUGUCAAAUUGGCUUUUCAUUCAUAUUAAAUGUUCACAUUUUUUUUCAGGCUCGUAUAUGAGAGGUAUUUUAUGUUCUUUCUACGAAAACUGAGGACAAGGUGACGAAUGUGUUUUCAGCACUCCCCGAAGUAUUGUGGUGCCUCCAUGAAUUGUUAAAAUAUUUAUUGCAAAAGAAGGUAAUUUAAAGUCAGUUGUUUUGUACGACCAAAAAUUUAGAACAUAAUAGUUUUCGUGUUUUAAGGCGGUGUGUUUGUUACUCUACUCUAUGCUAUAUACUGUACUCUAAGCCCGAAUGACUAUUACAAAUUACGGCAAAAGAUUCGUCACAAUGUUUGCAUCUAAUGAUAACGGGUUAUUACACUGCAGCCUGUAAUGGCGAUCUAAGGUGCUGUGCCGGCUGCUUAGGACUGGUACUACUACAGUCGAGACAUUUGCUGGGAUUGGACAGUAGAAGGAGUGCAACGAAAAGUUCGGCAACUUGAUGGGCGAAUUAUACACAUUCGUAAAUUCUAAGUGUAUUAACCGGCUGCGGUGUGGUGCCAUAUAGAGAAUCUGCAUGAUCGCCGCACAAGGAAAGCGGAUGCGAAUCCACCCCGUUGUUCCGUUCGUAGGGUUUGUUAACAUACGAAUUGUUUGCCCUUUUACGCAGCGUAUAAAAAAGAAGAUGAGACAGCGUCAAAGAAAAUACCAGAAGACGAUGCGAACUUAAAAAGCGACUAAUAAUUUCGCUCCUCGUUUGACAAAUGUUUUUAUAGAAGGAGCUAUAUUUUCAAGGGCUGCUUAUCUGGACACCUGAAGAAUGUUCGCCUCGCGUAAAAGGAAUAAUUAUCCUCAAGGUUUUGUUUUUUUUUGCAUUUAUUACAUGUGUGUCUAGGAGAGUAUGCCAUUGUUUGAUUCCCACUACUUCUUCUGCCUUAAUCGUACGGUAAAUAUAAAAUUUAAAUCGGCUGAAGCAAGCAAACAGAAUAAUAAUAAAAUAUACCCACUGCCACAGAGAGCUCAAGUGACCCCAUUUUAUGCCACGACAAAUGGACAUUGCGCAGCAAGUUCAAAGAAGUGCACGGUACAUUACAACAAACUCAUGUAAAACAUUACAAGCAGUUUACAUAUACAGUAGGAGGUCUUAUGGUUCAAGAACCGUAGGCAGUAGCUCUUGUCAAAGUAAGACAACGAAAAGAACAACAGAUUAUUUUUGCGAUAAUAUAUUUGCCAAGCGCGUUGUUGUAAAUGAAAUCAUCAGAAGUCAUUAACAGGAAAUAACUAUGCGCUAACACAGAUAUGUAAGGAGAAAAAUGGUUUAUGCAUCAAAUAAAAACGAUUUCAAUUCUGUC